AUGCUCGAGCACCUUUCCCGGGGGAAAAUCGAGUUCUUGACCCUCACCGCCGGAGAUCUCACCUUACGCAAGUUGAAGCGCGUCCAUGCAGCACUUACUCAAACCCAAUCCUCGACACCAACGAUGCCCCACGUUCGAGCUCUGGUGUCUAUCGACAUGCUCCGGUUGCUGCUAAGGCGUCUAGGAGUACGCGCGGUUCAAGACGCCAUCACGCGGGCGAUGCAGCAAGUUAAUGAGCGCGAAGAACCGCCAGUUGAUGCGAGCUCUAUCGCUCUGUUAACAAGCUCCAACCUCGCUGCCGUGCUGCUGGUCGCGCGGCAUCAACCUCUGCACUCAUCUGCAAAGUCCAGAUCCAGCAGCUCCCCGUGCUCAUCGAUAUCGUCGUCCCCACGCUGCAGCACGCCUCGGAGCCCUGCAGCUGCAGCCAGUCGCCGCAGCAUCUUGGCCAAGGACGGCGUCCACGUGCUGAUGCAGGAGAAGUUGGUCUCGUUCGACCACCGCGGACAAGCGAACGCUCUGCCCGCGUUCCGAGUGCGUGGUGCCAGCGCAGCAACCACGGACUCCGCAGCCAAGCGGCGCCAGCGGAGUCUUCAGUAUGCCAGCGAGCAUGUGACGCACCGCACCGUCAACCUGUAA